AUGUCGGAAGAAGAUAAAGUCUGCUCAUUUUUCAAGAAAUCCAACAGGAAACGUCCACAAAGUAGAAUGAAGAGGCCACCAUCUCACUCCAAUUCAGAAGACAGUGAAGAUGGAAGCGCUGUGGUAAGGAAAGAAAGAAAAACGGAAAUUGGAAAGCCACUCCUUCAAAAGACUCGUAAAAGAGGCCUUCGUGAUGACGAUGAGGUUUUAAACGAAAACAAUAGCAACGAAGAGGAUGAUAAUUUACCAGUAGCAUUCUCCUAUAAAUCGACUCGCUCAGCGAAAGCAACUGGUCCUGACGAUAUGGGUGCUACGUUAACCAACGAAGUUGACACUGAAAUCGAUCGAGAUGCUAGAGCAAUAUUUGAGAAAAGCCAAAAAAUUAACGAAGAACUGAAAGGAAAGGAAGAUGACAAAAUUUAUAGAGGAAUCAACAAUUACGCGCAAUAUUAUAAACAGCGCGAUACAGCACAAGGAAAUGCUUCAAGUAACAGUGUACGAAUUGGUCCAAUUCGUGCACCUGCUUACUUGAGAGCCACAACUCGCUGGGAUUAUCAGCCUGAUAUUUGUAAAGAUUACAAGGAAACAGGCUAUUGCGGUUAUGGAGAUAAUUGUAAAUUUCUUCACGAUCGCGGAGACUACAAGCAUGGCUGGCAGUUAGAGAGAGAGUCGACUGCUAACUUCAAUGACGAAGAAGACGUGCACAAAUAUGAAAUAUCGGAUAGUGACGAUGAACUUCCUUUUGCUUGUUUUAUCUGUAGGGAGUCGUUUAAGAAUCCAGUGGUCACCAAAUGCCAACAUUACUUUUGCGAGAAAUGUGCUCUAGAUCAUUAUAGGAAAACGCAGCGAUGUUUUGUUUGUUCGGCUCAAACCGGUGGGAUUUUUAAGCCAGCUAAAGACCUUAUAGCGAAAUUAAAGAGUGUAAAAGGAGAUGACGAUGAAGAAAAUGACAAUUCAUUGGAUGAAGGCGACUAA